UUACAAGUGCCAAGGAGCAGCAGAUGAAAGCCGAUGAAGGAGCCUCCUUCCUGGACUCGUCCUCCUCCUGGGAGACGAGCAGCAUGAUGGAAGCGGCGGUCUUCUCCCCACCUGAAGUGUUCAGUCUGAGCUGCGUCGAGGAGCUGAACUUCCAGCGGCCGGCUCUCACCUCCACCCCCCUCUGCUCCCUGAAGCACAGCGAGGUCGGCCAUCAGGACGCCUGCUGCGCCCACUGCAGCCUCAGCUCCAGGACUCCGGCAAACAUCCAGCAGAAGAUCAGAGCCCUGUUGGCUCUGGCUCCUCAGACGCCGACGCCGCUGAAGAUCUCCGGCUGCCAGGAGGAGGGGGCAGCGUGCUCCAGGAGGACCACCCUGACCGGUGGAGAGAGGAGAAGACAUCCCGACAGCCAGGAGUCCAGCAGCGGCUCCGAGGUACAGGGCGAGAGCCUCCUGAGCUCCAUCCUAAAAGACGAACAGCUGGAAGUGUGGUGGGACCAGCAGCAGGGGCCAACCCAGGAGUCUCCUGAGGGUACGACUUACAGGACCAACCCGUUUGAGGUGAGCAGCGAGCUGCAGGUGGUGAUGUUUGGGAAAACUGAGGAUCAGGCAAGUCUGACGCAACAGGCCCGGCUCUACGUGGAGCCCUAAACAGAACCGGGUCCUGUUGCAGCAGGUGGUGAGCAUCCAAUUGGAUCUUAAAUGUGGGAAUAGAUCAGAACAUUCAAAGCUCUGAAGGCUUCACCCCAACAGACGUGCGUCAGGUGAGAUGAUGACUUCUGCUCCUCCUCCCCAGUUUUGCCUUCAACAACCAAUCAGAGGAGAGGAUAUCUCGGUGCUUCCGGCUGCCUCAUUGGUUCACUUUGUUUAAUUUCUUUAGCUGUCGGUUCAGUAAAUUAUAAUUUUUUCAAGAAGCAUCUUUAAAUGUUUUUAACUGACGUUUUGUUUUCCUUCGUUCUUGUAACGUUGCUAAUAUCCUGGAAGUUUGUGCCGAUCACCGGAUCUGAUCGGUACUUUUUAGCUCCCUCUGAUGUUUGAUUUCUUUUUCCUUUUGAAAACUCAUUUUGUCUUUUAACCAACUGGAAGUUUAUUUUCACGUUUUCUUUCUUGGAACGUGGCUGUGAGCCACCGUAAGGUGACUGGUGCUGCUCUUUAACUCGGUGGAUUGAACCGACUGACCAAACUGCGGGGAACUUUCUUUAUUUCUGGCGGCACUUUAGAAUCACAUUCUGGAAGCUUUGCACUUUGGAUCAGAAAUGAUCAAAACCGAACUUUACAUCAGAUUUCAUUUUCAUAUUGGAAUAUUUAUUAUGAUGUGUAGUGCAUGACAGUCCACUUAAAGAGCUUCUGUGUUUCAGUUGUUUUGGACCCAACCAGGACACAAAGUUCUGUGUGAAGUCCAAAGCCAUCUGAAGUCUUAAGACUGCUUUAGAAUACUUAAGUGAAGUUUCUGUUGGACCCGACAUCUUGGUGUGACUCUGAUGAUUUAUUGUGAGAAUAAAGGAUCCAAGUGGAAACACAGAUUGUUUUAUUGUGUAAUCACUUUAUCUCUUUAACAGAACCAAGGUCCGAUUUCAGCCGCAAUCAGAUCUAUCAGGUUCAGAUCAGCAGCUUAUAUAUCUAUUAAUGCAAAAGGGACAUUUAAUGUCUUAGUU